AUGACCAGGUUUAACGUGUUGGCUACGUUGGUCGCCACUGCUCUUGUGCCCCUCGUUAACGCGGCUGUCGCGUCGCAGGCGUACAAUUGGAAGAACGUCAAGAUUGGAGGCGGUGGUGGUUUCGUGCCAGGUAUCGUUUUUAACCCAACUCAAAAGGGUCUUGCCUUCGCCCGCACAGAUAUCGGCGGUGCGUACAAGCUGAACGCCGACGACUCAUGGACACCUCUGCUCGACUUUGUCGACCACGACCGCUGGAACUACUGGGGCGUCGACGCGCUCGCGACCGACCCAGUCCAGCCCAACAGGCUAUACUUGGCCACGGGCAUGUAUACGAACUCUUGGGACCCGAACAACGGUCAAAUUUUGAGAUCGACGGAUACCGGUGCGACCUUCACCGCGUCGAAGCUGCCUUUCAAGGUUGGAGGCAACAUGCCUGGUCGAGGAAUGGGAGAGCGACUUGUCGUCGACCCCAACAGCAACAAUAUUCUUUUCUUCGGUGCUCGUAGCGGGAAUGGCCUCUGGAAGUCGACUGAUUAUGGCGCUACAUGGUCGAAGGUCUCCAGCUUUACUAGCACCGGCACCUACAUCCCAAACCCCUCAGACAGCGGUGGCUACAACAGUGACAAAGUUGGUCUUGCUUGGGUUACCUUCGACCAAUCGUCUGGGUCGUCGGGUAGGGCAACACCCAGAAUCUUCGUCGGAGUCGCCAGCAACGGUACAUCCAACAUCUUUGUCACUAACGAUGCUGGAAGCACCUGGUCUGCCGUUGCAGGACAAAAUGCCGCCUAUUUCCCUCACAAGGGUGUUAUUUCUCCUUCAGAGAAGGUCCUUUAUGUUUCCUACUCUGAUGGCGCUGGUCCCUAUGACGGUACUCUCGGAGCAGUCUACAAGUACGACAUAACUGCUGGCACCUGGACCAACAUCACCCCUGUCUCUGGAAGUGACCUCUACUUUGGUUUCGGAGGCGUCGCCGUCGAUCUCCAAAAACCUGGCAUUAUCAUGGUUGCUGCACUCAACUCCUGGUGGCCAGAUGGCCAAAUCUUUCGCUCGACUAACAGCGGUGCAACCUGGACACGGCUUUGGGAAUGGCAGAACUACCCCGCUAUGAACAAAUAUUACAGCUAUUCAAACACGCUUGCCCCAUGGCUUGGACCUAACUACGUCGAUACUAGCACUGAAAACAAGCAGAUUGGUUGGAUGAUGGAAGCGCUCGUCAUUGAUCCUCUCGAUUCAAAUCAUUGGUUGUACGGCACUGGUGCCACUAUUUAUGGAGGACACGAUCUGCUCAAGUGGGACACCGUCCGGAACAUCUCUAUCGCCGCUCUCGCAGACGGAAUCGAGGAGACGUCCAUCCAGGGACUGAUUUCUCCUCCGUCUGGACCCUCGCUCCUUUCUGCAGUUGGAGACCUUGGAGGAUUCAGGCAUAAUUCUUUGACUGCUCCUCCUGCAACUGGGUUCACAAACCCCACUUGGGCAACAGCUUCGGAUAUCGACUUCGCUGGAAAUAAACCUGCUACUAUUGUACGUAUUGGUACGGGAGACAGUUCUUCUGGAAAGCAAGUUGCAUUCUCCUCGGAUGCUGGUGCAUCAUGGUCGCAGCAUUACGGUGCGGCAGACAAUGUCUCAGGUGGAAAGGUUGCCAUUUCUGCUGAUGGAGAUACCAUCCUUUGGCGCACUGGAAGCAACGGUGUCAUGGUUUCCCAAAACCAAGCCUCGUUCAUUGCCGUAUCCUCGCUGCCAUCGAGUGCAGCUAUCGCUUCCGACAAAAAGACCAACAACAUCUUCUACGGCGCUGCAGGAUCCACCUUCUACCUUUCCACUGAUGGAGGCAAGACCUUCUCCGCCAAGGGAUCCCUAGGCUCUUCGACCUCUCCUUUCAAGGUAAUUGUCAAUCCAGGCGUGACCGGCGACGUUUGGAUCUCUACCGACAAAGGAUUAUUCCACUCCACCAACUCCGGCACCUCUUUCACCACUAUUUCUGGUGUUACUCAAGCAUGGGCUAUUGCUCUCGGAGCUCCGGCCAAGAGUGGAGGAUACCCUGCCCUGUAUGCGGCGGCGAACAUCGAGGGUGUUGGCUACUUUAGGUCUGAUGAUGCUGGUGUCAAUUGGGUUAAGAUCAACGACGCUGCGCACGGAUUUGGCUCGGCCAGUGCCAAUUGCCUAACCGCUAACCCUCGCGUCCACGGACGAGUCUACAUCGGCACUAAUGGUCGUGGAAUCUUUUUUGGUGAUCCUUCUGGAUCUGCACCCCCACCAACCGCCACAGCUGCUUCCUCUGCCGCCACCAGUACGACUGCUCAACCUACUACCACAGCCCCCGCUACUGCAUCAACCACAGCCCCACCAACUAGCACCGCAGCACCUGCUGGUGCCUACGGUCAAUGUGGAGGAACGAACUGGACCGGGGCAACCACCUGCGUCUCAGGAUAUACCUGCACAUAUAGCAACCCAUACUACUCUCAGUGCCUACCUGCCUAG